AUGGGAUCCGGUCCAUCGUCCGUCCUGAGCCUUAACACGGAGGAUCCAAAGCAAGAUGCGGCGGAACUCAUGCACAUAUUUCCGAACCGUUUCGUGUCCGAACACGACGGCUCGUCGUGCAUUCUCGUCGAUGCCGAGCGGAGUAGGACGGUUCUACUGAUACCGGCCGCGACUUCCUCCACAGCAACGUGGGUCUGCGAAGAGAAUGAGAUACAAGCAGCGGUGGGCAAACGUGAUUCGGUGGUAGAACGUCGGAUUUUGAAUGAUACGAUAGUCGUUGCAGAAAUUCAACUCCCGUCCGGUGGUAAGGUUGUGAUGAUUCCACCCACCUUGGUGCAGACCAGAGAAGGUCGUAGGGAAUUGAUGUCGCUCCUAAAUAGACCUCUGACAGAUGUACCGUCGGGUCCCGAAUCGAACGGGGAGACGGAAUCGGAGAAAACAGCUCAAGAAGAAAGGAUGAACGAGGAUUCCGCUGCUUCCGUUGGCCCGGGUGUAUCCGAGUCCUUGCCUACCGCGACGCUUCCAAAGUUCACGUCACUGGACGUGCAGUUAUUGCGGAAAGCCGGCAAGUUUGACCCCAAUUUCCCCACCAAUUCACGAAAUCCUGUCGAGUUUGAAACAGAUCUGUUCAAGGGUAAAGUACUGUUGCUGAUACGGCCUACCGAUCCAGACGAAGAUCCCUACUGGUCCGAGCGCCUCUUUGCCAAGAAAAAACGGAACGUUGUUUUACAAAUUCAGGGAAAGUUCAAACGAAAACCCAAAGGCAAGCUUUUCCUAGGUGCCGAGAUUUCUCAGAAAAUGAAAGUUGGUCUCCUCACGCGAGGACUCUUGGGAUUACUGAUACGCUGUCUGGAACGUUUCUUUAGCGAUUUGCGGUAUUCCUUCGGAGACACAGAAGGAUUGGAAAUGCCGCGGGUUGCUGCACCGGCACAUAGCUCGUUCGAACGCGUCGCGGUGACGCCUCGCGGCGAGGUGCCGCCCACCAUAUCGGAAGAUCCUUUCCCCGAAAGCAAAGAGGCAUCGUCGGCACGACGCAAGGCCAAAAAUUGGGAUUGGAACAUGGAGGACACGUACUCGAUGACGUACUAUUCCAUGUACAUUGAUCUUCCAACCUGGCAUCUCGUGAACUUACCCAUGUCCGGUGAUAUUAAUCUCAGGACACUCUGGAGCGAUUCGUUUUUGCGGAUAGUACUUUACGAAAAGACGGGAAAGCAACAGCCUCAUUUACAAAAGUAUAACAAUUAUGCUUUUGCUAUUCAGGUAACCUACUUCGGCGAUAAAGACCAAUCGGCAGAAGAAGAGCUCGAAGACGAGGAAAGAGACAACAUUUUUAGAGUAAGCGAUAGAAGUCGCUUGCUGGAACGGGAGGAAUCUGAGGGAUCUGAAGGUGAAAAUCAUAGUGCAGGCUUGAAACGCUUAGAUAGUCAGUCAUUCCCUGCACUCAUGCUUGCAGAUUCAGAUGGUGAAGACUUCUACGAUGCCGAGGAGACCAGUGUAUCUUUGGUUUAUGAGCAGAGCGCCUCCGACAAUGACCCAGCUGUCUCCGUGGAUUUGCUUGUAACAAUUGACAGUAUUGUGCCUGCUUGGCUUGAUGUUGUUUCCAACAGAGGAGGUUAUUGUCGAACAUUUGCAAUUGUUGUUGGUUCGAACGUAACAUUUCGCUCCGUUCAAGCUUGUGAAUCGGCGAUUGGGGAUACUGGCGCUCAACAAAGAGUAUCGAGGCUUGUCGACGAGAACUUUUCCCCGCGAAUGUCCACGGCAGAACGAAUGAGACGUAUGCUCGGACUGGUCCUCGUGAACGGAGACCAAAACAAUCUACAACAUUUCAAAAGGGAACAGAGUGAUUUUGACGCCACUUUUUUGAAGCGAGCCCCGACUCCUCUCUCAGAGAAAAAGCACUCCAUUAUUCGCGUUUCCGGUUUUGUAGCGAGAGCUGUCAGUGACCGGCAUUGGAUUGAGGAAUGGGCAAAGAUAACGGAUUGCAAUAUUUCGUUUUAUCAUCCCGAGAAGAGAAAGCCCCACUUUCGAAUCACGAUUUCCAGCAUUAUGCGCACCGAGCGAAUGGAACCGAACGCAUUUCCUCAUCUUCCAGGAUUCUGUUUUUUGGUUGUAGAAACUGUUGGUCGUUCCGUCUACUUGAUGUUUUCUUCGGAGACUGACUGUAAAGCAUGGUUGGAAGUAAUUCUCCGUGUAAAAAUGUUGAAUCAAAACGACGACCGUGACUCCGUUGCUUCACAAGACACGUCUUCACCGCAGCUCAUGGAAUUCGAUAAUCCAGCUGAGGAGUUUUUACACAAGAGUUCGAUGUGGAAUGUCAAGAAUCGAAGGAUAUUGAACUGUGGACAGUUUUGCUUUCGGGCGCAAGUAAACGUCAAGAAUCCUUUGAUUCUGGCAGAAGAAGCGCUCAGACUGGCACUGAAUCCGUCAAGCGAUGAGGACUACCAAAGGCGACGACAAUUUCUCAGUAGUGCUGCGGCAUUGAAAAGAGCCAACGUUAGGGGGCUACCAGAAGAAUCACGACUGGCAUUUUUCUUGAACGUAUACCAUACUAUGAUUAUGCAUGCAUUCUUGGUUCUGGGACCUCCCGGUUCUAGUCUGAAAUGGAUCGGCUACUUCAAUAAUAUUGCGUAUGAAGUGGGAGACGACGUCUUUUCGCUAACCGAGCUGGAGCAUUGUAUCAUUCGCUCUAAAAUGGCGUAUCCUUCUCAGUUUAUAUCGAGAUUUGUUCUUCCUAAGUCACAAUAUGCAUUCGCUCUUACAAAAGCUGACUAUCGCAUCAAUUUUGCAUUGAACUGUGGGUCUACCAGCAACCCGAGCUGUAUCUUUAUUUUCCGUCCCGAGCGAUUAAACGAACAAUUGGAUGCAGCCUGCCGAUUGUACCUUUCCAGCGUUGUUGUGACUGUGCAAAAGAGCUCUCGUGAAGUGUAUGUCCAGCUGCCACGCGUAUGCCAGUGGUUUUCCGAAGACUUUGGGACGCAGACAGAGAUGAUAUCCAAGAUUCAGCCAUAUCUUAAAACAAUUCUGUAUGCUCCCGAACCUCGCUGUCUGAUUGCUGGUCUUCUGCAAUUCUUACAUUCAGUCCGUUCCCUCCUUUCAUCGAAUGAUCAUAUCCUCAAGUCCCAUCGAAAAUACUAUUCUGCCGAAGUCCCGAAAAAGCAGUCCAUACAUGUACGACGGGAACAUGGUCCAAGUUCGCUCGCAUCCCAAAGGUCUGUACAUAAAGCCCUUUCCUUCAGUGGAUUCGGUAUGGAAGAGACGCAACAGAAACGCGUAGCGGCCGUCAUCUUUUCGGCAGAUUUGGCCCGUUGCGUCAGCAACCAACAUCGUCUUGCUCCUACUUAUAUUGGGAUUCGGCGUGUGCGCCCGAGUUCGAAGCUUGUCAAACAAGCUCUUCACGGGAAAGAAUUUGGAAAAAUAAAACCAACGACACUUCCUAAUGUCGUCUUCAAAAUGAUUGAUGAAGAAACGGGCGAGGAGAGACGCAUGACCAGUAAAGAAAAGAAAAAGGCCAAAUCUAAGCGACGGAAUCAACAAAGGGAGGCUUUCCAACAACAAAAAGCGUCGGAACAGGCACGUCCCCAAGCUAGCGAUAAUCCCAUUGCCUCACAUGAAAAGAAUGAGGCAGAGAAAAAUUUAGAGCGACUGACGAACAGCGAAGACGGCGAUUGUGGAAAAGUGUGGGAAUCGGAAGAAAACAACAACGAUCGGUACGCCCAUCUUUCUAUCGAUCAUUCCGCCUUGGAGCAAGAGCUGGCUGAUUUGCGAGGUGAGAGAGAUGGUGUGCCUCCGGUAGCGCUUUCUGCACCGCUGACCUUUACUGGAAUACAGCUUGGUCUUUUGGGGGAUGUACGUCAUACCCCCGCACUCAAGAUCGUCUUGGACGAGGACCUUGCCAGAAAAUGGGGGGAAACGCUCAAAGAGAGUAUGCUACCAGCAGAAGCACAACGCAGAGCAGAAAACCUACGCGAAAUGCCUUAUCAUUUGGUCCCCGAAGUUUGGAUGCGCAUGAAACCGCAAAUGUUGGGUCAGCCUUUGCAAAUAAAUACGAUGCCGACAGUGUCAGUCCCUGUUGGUCCAAGAGACGUGGCAUUCUACGAGAUUCGUCCGUCGCUGAGGGACACAUACUCACGGGAUACAGCAUCUGAUGCAGUUGUUCAAUUACUGCACAGUAACACGAGCCUCAAUCUAUCUUGCGGGGCAAAGUUUGGGAGUGAUUUCUUGCUCUACGAUGGCAAUCGUUCCGCACGGCACGCCUUUGCUGGGAUGCGGGUAGUAGAGGGCGACGAGGAAUUUCCUCUUCCCAAAGCGUAUGAUUUAUCAGGCUACGUGCGUUGUUUGAACACAGCUGGAAAGCUUGCCCUUUUGGCUUGGGUGCAACGACGUGGCGAUGUCCAUCAUGUUGCGAUUAUUGAUUUGGCGCUUGAAAAAUUAGUCGACAGGGGUGCAAAGAGAUCACGACAAACGGCCCUAGAACGGCGGUACAACACGCUGGCGAAAAAAUAG